GUAGAACCGUUUGCCUAACGGGGAUAAUAAACCGUUUACAGACCCGAGACAAACGCACUUCUGCCUUAUUUCACCUGUUAGCUUGUUUAUCUCAUGACUCUGCCGUAAUAAAGUUAGUUAUAGAACUAAAGCUUUACGUUUUUCUAGCUGACACCGUCGAGAAGUAGUUUCCGUGGUCCACUGUUAUAAAGUCAUUCAGCUGGAGUGUUUACCAAAUCGUCGUGAGCUGUCGUAGAAAGCAGCUAAGCUAGCCAUGGUGCACUGACCUGCUGUUAUCAUACAGUUUAUACGUUCAUUAGACUGUGCACCGUUAUUGAAGGAAGCUCCACUCACUGUUUGGAUGAUGGCAGUCUCGCUGCAGCGCCCCCACGCGGCUGUGGCAUGUCUGCUCUUGUGCUGCUUGACCGGUAGCCUGUCCAUCCCAGACCCCAGGCAAAGAGAGGCCCUCAUAGAACAGGAAGCCUCCAUGCAGACAGGUGGCCAGAUGGUGCUGACCGACGCCGAGAAGCGGCUUGACGCUGUGCUCUUCAGAAUGAAGCAGGAGGAGAUGAUGAGAGCGGACUUUCCUCCCGCCAUGCACUUCUUCAAGGCCAGGCCCCUCAUCAGGAGCAGCCCCAUCUUCGGCCUGCUGCAGAAGAUGCCAAAAGGGGCAGCUCUCCAUGUCCACGACCUCUCCAUGGGGAGCAUGGAGUGGCUGGUGAAGGACGUGACCUAUCGGCCCCACUGCUACAUGUGCGUCACUGACAGCCAGUCCAUCAGAUUCAUCUUCUCCCGAAGGCCCAAAGCUCAGCCACACUGCUCUGACUGGACCCUGCUGGAAGACCUCAGGGCCAAGCUGGUCAACGCCACAGAACUUGACAACAGCAUCAUGGCCAACCUGACGAUCUUCACCGAUCAGGAUCCAGAAGUGCUGUACCCAAGUCAGGAUGUGAUAUGGAACAGGUUUGAACAGGCCUUCCUUGCAAUGUGGGGUCUGGUCACAUACGCUCCUGUGUUCAGUGAAUACUACUACCGCGGCCUCACUGAGUUUUACAUGGACAACGUCAUGUAUCUGGAACUGCGGGCUUUACUCCCAGAGACAUACGAGCUGGAUGGAACCACACAUGACAAACCCUGGACUCUGAAGACCUACCAGGAUGUCACCAGACAGUUCACAGCAGAGCAUCCCGACUUCUUUGGUGCGAGAAUCAUCUUCACAGUCCAUAGGGGAGUUAAUAUGUCUGUGAUGACUGAAGUUGUGGAGGAGGCUAUGAAGCUACAGAGAGACUUCUCAGAUAUCAUGGCUGGUUUCGACCUGGUGGGCCGCGAGGACAGUGGCAGACCCCUGUGGUACUUCAGAGAUGCCUUGUCACUGCCAUUAGAGAGAGGGGUGACUCUUCCUUUCUUUUUCCAUGCUGGAGAGACUGAUCUGGAGGGCACAGAGGUGGACCAGAAUUUGUUGGAUGCCCUUUUGUUCAACACCUCUCGUAUUGGCCAUGGAUUUGCUCUUGUUCGCCACCCAGUGGCCAAAGGCCUAUCAAGGAGGAAAGGGGUGGCAGUGGAAGUGUGUCCAAUCUCCAACCAGGUGAUGAAGCUGGUAAAAGACCUGCGAAACCAUCCAGCAGCUGCACUCAUGUCAGAGAACCACCCACUGGUCAUCAGUUCUGAUGACCCUGCCAUGUUUGGUGCCUCUGGACUCUCUUACGACUUCUAUGAAGCUUUUGUGGGCUUUGGCGGCAUUAGAUCCAAUUUGGGCUCCCUCAAAGAGCUGGCCAUAAACUCUAUUAGGUAUAGUUCUUUGACUCUGAAGCAACAGGAGAAAGCCCUGGCUCUCUGGCAGAGACAAUGGGAUAAGUUUGUCUCUGAAAAUGCUCUUUAGAAAGAAAAUUGCUUUUUUUUAUGGUAAGAUAGGGAAAUCUUCAAAUGCCUCAAAUGCCUACUUUGUGAAAGCAUCACCUUUUAGCUGAGGUCAAUUAAACAUGGGAAUGUGAAAAAUAUCUUUCUUCUAUGACAGCUUGUGUCUGCUGUGAAAAAGCUGCUGUUCCACAUAUACAGCACAUAAACUGCACAGUGUGUAACAAGCAUGCGCUGUGUCAUAUUAAAUUAAGGGUGAUUACUUGAAAUACACAUUGACAUAGCUUUAAUCACAGACACCUUGUUGUAUCUAGUUUUAUUCUGAAUUUUAAUGUAUUUGCACUUUAACAUUCAGAGCUGCCGGAUGUGCUGAUGUUUUUUGGGACAUUUAAAGUUCCAUAUGAUUUUUUUUGUGAAGUGUUUUUGUGGCUUGCUUGUGCUUUGUAAGAGUGAAAGAAAUAGCUUAUUGAAAUUGGUCUUAAAUCUUGUAUUUUUUUUUAACUGUCACGGAUAUAUAAAGGGACAUAGUUGCCACAUUUGAUGUAUGAAAAAAACUCAUCAAGAUUUUUUAUGAACAGCUAUCAGUAUCAUCCAGACAUGUUGUGAACUGCCAAACUUGAAUUUGACAUAAUAAAAUGAACCUCUGAUUUUU